GAUGGGCCGUUGGUUGAAGCCAGAUGUUUACCCGCUGAUCGCCGCCAUGUCGUUCGUGACGGGGCUGUGCACCUUCCAGCUGACAAGGAACGUGUUCAUGAACCCUGACGUCAGGGUGAACAAGAACAACCGUCAGAGCGCGGUGCUGGAGAACGCGACGGAGGGGGAGAGGUACAGCCAGCACGCGUUCCGGCGGUUCCUCGCCACGCAGCGGCCGGAGGUCUUCCCGGCGGCCAACCGCUUCUUCGCCGGCCCGGCGACGGUGGCCAAAAGCGACCCUCGCGACUGAUCAGAUUCAAACCCGAUCAUCCGCCGGCAGCGCAGCCACGGCGACGACGACGAAGCUGAUCGAACGUAUACGUACGUAUUAAUUGUCUCAUGUAUAAUCAUGUAAUGUGAUAUAUGUGCGCGUUUGUAUCAUGUAAUCGGAAAAAAAAAAGCGGGAGAACAAUGAGAAGUUAUAAUUUCAGUGUUGCGUAUGCGGGGUAAAAAAACAGAUCCUCUUACUUACGUCUCUCUGAUUUUAAGUUGCUGAUGAAAAGGAUAUCGAAU